GAAAUUUUUUUUCCUCUCUUUCUACAGAUGGUGAUGGAAUUUCCUGAUAAUGUGCUGAACCUCGAUGGACACCAGAAUAACAGUGCACAAUUAAAACAGUUCAUUCAGAGACACAGCAUGCUGAAGCAGCAGGACCUGAACAUUGCCAUGAUGGUGACGUCGCGGGAGGUCCUGAGCGCCCUUUCCCAGCUGGUGCCGUGCGUGGGCUGUCGGCGCAGCGUGGAGAGGCUCUUCUCCCAGCUCGUGGAAUCUGGGAAUCCAGCCCUGGAGCCCCUCACAGUGGGGCCAAAGGGGGUGCUCUCUGUGACUCGCAGCUGUAUGACUGAUGCAAAGAAACUUUAUACACUCUUCUAUGUGCAUGGGUCCAAACUGAACGACAUGAUUGAUGCAAUUCCCAAAAGUAAGAAGAACAAGAGAUGUCAGCUACACUCCCUGGACACACACAAACCAAAACCUUUGGGGUCUGAAAAAUGUUUGGUAAUACUAUGUGACAGUGAAGGGAGCAGUAACAGACUCAGUACAAAGAAAUUAAAAGCAGUUAAAAGUAGAGAAGACAGGAGGAGGAGGAAGGAGAGCAAGUGUAGCAUCAUUUUCUGCUAUGGACCUUCCCAGGGAGCAGUCAGGGGCUGUUGGAUGGAUGUGUGGGAGCUCAUGUCCCAGGAAUGCAGGGAUGAAGUAGUUUUAAUCGACUCUAGUUGUCUUCUAGAAACGUUAGAAACCUACCUACGAAAACACAGGUUCUGCACUGACUGCAAGAACAAGGUGCUGCGUGCCUACAACAUCCUGAUCGGGGAGCUGGACUGCAGCAAGGAGAAGGGUUACUGUGCUGCCCUGUACGAGGGGCUGCGCUGCUGCCCCCACGAGCGCCACAUCCACGUGUGCUGCGAGACCGACUUCAUCGCCCACCUCCUGGGGAGGGCCGAGCCCGAGUUCGCAGGAGGGUAUGAGCGCAGGGAGAGGCACGCCAAGACAAUAGACAUCGCCCAGGAGGAGGUGCUGACCUGCCUGGGCAUCCACCUCUACGAGAGGUUGCACCGGAUCUGGCAGAAGCUGCGGGCCGAGGAGCAGACGUGGCAGAUGCUCUUCUACCUGGGGGUCGAUGCUCUGCGCAAGAGCUUCGAGAUGGCAGUGGAAAAAGUGCAAGGUAUUAGUCGAUUGGAACAGCUCUGUGAAGAAUUUUCGGAAGAAGAAAGAGUGAGAGAGCUGAAACAAGAGAAGAAACGCCAAAAACGGAAGAACAGACGGAAAAAUAAGUGUGUGUGUGAGAUCCCUGCUCCUCUGCAGGCAACAGAAGAGAAGGAAAUCAAUCAGGCAAAGGAGAACUCCAACUUCACAGAAAGCAGUUGCAAAGCCUGUGGUAGCACCGAAGAAGCCAACAACUGUGUAGAAGUAAUUGUUACUAAUGAAAGCACCUCUUGCACUUGUCCUAGUAGUGGUACCCUAUUAGGUUCACCUAAAAUCAAGAAAGGUUUAUCUCCACACUGUACUGGCAGUGACUGUGGCUAUUCAUCGAGCAUGGAGGGCAGUGAAACGGGCUCUCGGGAGGGGUCAGAUGUGGCCUGCACCGAAGGCAUCUGCAACCACGAUGAAAAUGGAGACGAUCCCUGUGUCCAUCGCUGCGACGACAAGGAGGAGGAUGGGGACAGCUGUGUGGAGUGCUGGGCUAACGCGGAAGAGAACAACACAAAAGGCAAAAACAAAAAGAAGAAAAAGAAAAGCAAAGCUUUGAAGUGUGAGAAUGACCAUAUUCAGAAACUUGGAAGCUGUCUGGCAGAUCCAGGUACCAGAGAGACCUCAGGGAAUCUCACGCACACAGAGUUCCAUCGCGACAAGACCAAAGACACACACGCUGAGAGCUGCUGUAGCGCAGACAAAAGCGGCCAGCAGUUGCCUUGGUUUGAGCAUAUGAAAAAUGUGUCACAGUUUGCAGAACCUACAGAAAUGUCACUCGUUCCUGAUACUGGAAAAGGUGCCAAAAGCUUAGUGGAACUCCUUGACGAGUCCGAGUGCACUUCUGACGAGGAGCUGUUCAUCUCCCAGGACGAGAUCCAGUCCUUCAUGGCAAACAACAAGUCUUUCUACAGCAACCGGGAGCAGUACCGGCAGCACCUGAAGGAGAAGUUCAACAAGUACUGUCGCCUCAACGACCACAAGGGGCCCGUCUGCAACAGCUGGCUGGCAACAGCUGGAGCCAACUGAGCCCGGCCCCCUCUCUGUCUGUCACUGAAACUCGAGAUGACUACUGCGCCUUCUCCUUCCAGACUUAAUUUAGUGACUUAACGGCAAAAUUUUAUCUUAAAUUAAUGUGAUUCUUUUUUUCUUUUUUUUUUUUUUUUUUCUGUUUUUUUUUUUUCCUCUGGGGGAGGCUGGUGGAGGUGAUUUCCUUAAUUUUGUUCUUUCUCCAGGCUUGUAUCUUUAGUUGAGUAGCUGUGCAAGCCUCUCUUCUAAUUUAAGCCAUCUCUUUUCAGUCAAUGUUUCUCUUCCUGUGAGACUUACAAAGAAGCAAACUAGUGGCAAAGUAAUGUUGUACCUAUAAUUCUGUACAGAAUGACAAGGAGCUGAAUAUAAGAUUUUACAAAGUAGACAUCCAUUUGCAAAAUGUUUUGGAUGUAAUAUGUUAAAGCGCAAUGUGCAAAAUUUAAAUAAAGAAUAUUUAUUAAUAUGCAUAGUAAAA